GGCGGGGCCUGUGUGGGCGGGGCCUGCGCGGCGCGGGCCGUAGCGAUGGCGGCGCCCGUGGUUCUCGGUGGGGGCUCCGUUUCCCUCACCGUCAGCAGCAGCGGCAGCGGCUUCCGCGCCCUCCGCCGCUUCGGCACCGGCCUCAGCAUCGCCGAGCUCAAGGGGAAGUUGGAGCUGGUGGUCGGCGCUCCGGCGGCGGCGAUGGAUUUGGAGCUCUACAGCGCUCAGGAUGAGCUCCUUUCCCGCCUCGACGCCGACGACGCUCCGCUCGGAUCCUUCCCCGUAUCCGACGGCUGUCGCCUACACGUCAUCGAUCGCAGCGGAACAUCCGCGGAGCUCUUCGAGGAUCUCUCGCGAGUGGAGAAGUAUCAAAUGGACGACAGCGAAUACGAUCGGCGCUCCGAGUCCCUUCGUUCUUUCCUUCGUCAGCGCCGUUGGGGACGUUUUGCGGCGGAGGGGACGCAGCGGCCGGAGCGUCACCGUCCCCGAGCGCAGGAGCGGCCGCGGGCCGACGCCAUCGUCACCGGGGGACGGUGUUGGGUACAGCUCGAGGGACAGCCCUGCUGCCGCGCCACCGUCACCUACGUCGGUCAGACCUCCUUCCAGCCGGGUUUUUGGGUCGGACUCUGCUGCGAUGAUCCCGUCGGGAGACACGACGGCAGCGUCGGCGGCCGCCGGUACUUCGAGUGCCCCCCCGGCCAUGGGGUGUUCGUGCGCCCCAAUCGCAUCCUGAGGGGCGAUUGGGAAAUCGAGGGGGGGGACGAUGAGGAG